AUCUGAAAACAAGCGAUAGCACUGAAAAAAAAAGAGAAAGAGAUGAGAUUGUUAACUCACAACAUGCUAUCCUCAAACAUCAAAGGGGUAGCCAAUGGUUUCCCACUGAGGAUCGAAGUGGAGAAAGUGGUGGAGAAGGAAGUCGAAAUCAAUCACGAUUUCCUCAGGAACAUAUUUCCAAAGAUCGAUUGGAAAGCCCUCUCCGAUGCUUCGAGAAUCAUGGGGUAUCAUGAGCUCCCGGAGGAGCCGCCGGAGCCGUCGGUAUUGGAGGCGGACAUCGAGUUUUUGAGGAAGUUUCAUCAUGCCCUCUUAGAGCUCCAUCUCGAGGAAGGCGCGCUUCUUUGCCCCGAGAGCGGCCGGAAGUUUCCGGUUAAUAAGGGAAUUCCGAAUAUGCUUUUACUUGAGGAUGAGGUUUGAGAAAAUGGUUUGGUGGUUGAUACUGUUGCGUUUUGGGGAUUAUGAGUUUUAAUUAGGGUUUAACCUGUCAUCGUUUUGUGCUUGAAUUGUUGAGUCAUUGUAUGGAAUCUGUUGUCUUAAUAAAUGAAAACAGCGUAAAUUUGUUUGGCAA